CCCAUAAAGAUCUUUCCUUAGAUUUGUCGACCAAUUAAAGAGAAUGAUGCAGCCUGGAGUUAUUUCAUCUGAAGAUUUUGACCUAAGCAAUAUUUUAGGCUACGAUUCCAUGGAACAUUUCAGUGAAGAUUCAGAAAUCUUUUCAGAAACUAGCCCAUUCAAUAAUAUUAUUAGCUCUUCCCAACAAAUAAAUGAUUCCACUCCUAGUCCUACUUCAAUAUUACAAGUAGAGCGUGGUGUAGACGCUCCACCAAAGUGGAGGAGAUACCGAGGAGUGAGGAGGCGGCCAUGGGGUAAGUUCGCGGCGGAGAUAAGGGACCCCUCGAAGAAAGGGAAUAAUAGGGUAUGGCUGGGUACAUAUGAGACACCUGAGGAUGCAGCAUUGGCUUAUGAUCGUGCCGCAUAUAAAAUGCGAGGGGCACGAGCCUUGCUCAAUUUCCCUCAUUUGAUUGCUUCAAAUGUAGUCGACCUUAAUAGAGUGAAGCCCAAGAAACGUUUACAUUCUUCUCCCUCCAAGACAACCAAUGACGCUCCAACUCCAAGUCCAAAGAAGAGAAAUGUUGAGUUAAUAAACAACCUAGCCAAAUCCACCAAUUUCAAUACUCAUUGUAUCAUGGAGAGGUUUGAGUUCGGCACUGUGCUUAAUACUAGUAUUUAAUUUUGUGCCCUGGAAAAAGAAAAAGAAAAAAAAGAAAGAAGAAAAGAUGAUAUAGUGAUAUCGGUGAGAGUUUUUUACACAAUAAAUGUGGGUUCGAUUCUCACCGUCUCUUGUAGUGGAAAAAAUAUUAUGGCUAGAGGAGUUGAGCCUCAUUAUCAUCAAGGAGUGCUUGGGUAGCAAGGAAUCACUUGUAGUAAUUAGUGUUGUUUUGCGACGUCAAUUUACUGAUGUUUUUUACAAGUGAAUAAAUUACUUAAUGAAAAAAAUAAAGAGUUUUAGUUUUUCCUAGAAAUAAUUCCCAAUAAAUUACUUUAUUUUCCAUUUAGUAUUCGGUAUACGCUUUGUGAGCGGAAUAAUCUGGAUUCGUGUAGAAAACCCGUUUUAGGGGUAAAACGCUUGCUAUGAGGUUCGAUUUCAAUUUCAUCUAGUCUAGUGCUGUUUGUUCUUUUAGUU